CAGCCGCCGGCGCCCGCGCCCUUGUGCUCCCGACCCCGCGGUGGGCUCCAGGCGACCGACAGCAUGAGCGGCGGCGGCGACGUUGUGUGCACCGGCUGGCUGAGGAAAUCGCCCCCUGAGAAGAAGUUGAGGCGCUAUCUGGUCCAUCAGAAAGACGAAGUUAAGUGCCUGGCCACACAGACAGUUAAUCCUCAGAGCUCCCGGCUGGAUGGCUGAGUCCCACUGUGUUUGAUUUAAGUUUUUAUUUUUGGAAAACAAAUAGUGAGUCAGCCUCCCUUCUCUCUCUCACCACCCCUUCUGGAUUCUCUUAGAUGCUGUGGUCACACUAGGCCUGGAAGAAACGCUGGUUUAUCCUGCGCAGUGGCCGGAUGAGCGGUGACCCAGACGUUUUGGAAUACUACAAGAAUGACCACUCCAAGAAGCCCCUGAGGGUCAUCAACCUCAACUUCUGUGAGCAGGUGGACGCGGGCCUGACAUUCAACAAGAAGGAGCUGCAGGACAGUUUUGUGUUUGACAUCAAGACCAGCGAGCGCACCUUCUACCUGGUGGCCGAGACAGAGGAGGACAUGAAUAAGUGGGUCCAGAGCAUCUGCCAGAUCUGUGGCUUCAACCAGGCCGAGGAGAGCACAGACUCCCUGAGAAACAUUUCCUCAGCCAGUCACGGCCCCCGCUCCUCUCCAGCAGAGCUCAGCAGCUCCAGUCAGCACCUUCUUCGAGAACGCAAAUCCUCAGCCCCAUCGCACUCCAGCCAGCCAACCCUGUUCACGUUCGAAGCCCCCAUGUUGAACCACAUGCAGCCCCCCUUGUCCACCAGCGCACCUCAGGAGUAUCUCUACUUACACCAGUGCAUCAGCCGGCGAGCAGAAAACGCCAGGAGUGCCAGCUUCUCUCAGGGCACCAGGGCCUCGUUCCUCAUGAGGAGUGACACAGCCGUACAGAAACUGGCCCAGGGCAACGGCCACUGUGUGAACGGCGUCAGCGGUCAAGUCCACGGCUUCUACAGCCUCCCCAAGCCAAGCCGCCACAACGCGGAAUUCAGAGACAGUACCUACGACCUCCCGCGCAGCCUGGCCUCCCAGGGCCACACCAAGGGCAGCCUCACAGGCUCGGAGACAGAUAACGAGGAUGUGUACACCUUCAAAACGCCCAGCAACACCCUGUGCCGGGAGUUUGGGGACCUGCUGGUGGACAAUAUGGACGUUCCAGCCACCCCACUCUCAGCCUACCAGAUCCCCAGGACAUUCACGCUGGACAAGAACCACAAUGCCAUGGCAGUAGCUGCUCCCGGGGACUCAGCCAUAGCUCCCCCGCCCCGACCUCCCAAGCCAAGUCAGGCAGAAACACCUCGAUGGGGGAGCCCUCAGCAGAGACCUCCAGUAGGCGAAAACAGCCGAUCAGUCCCGGCCACCGCCACCAUCCCCAGGCGCAAUACCCUGCCUGCGAUGGACAACAGCCGACUUCACCGAGCUUCUUCCUGUGAGUCCUACGAGUGCCCGCAGCGUGCUGGAGACAGUGCGGGCCGAUCUGCGGAGUCCACGACGGACGGAGGCAGUUCUUUCCUGCCAGGGAAAACGCUCAUAGGCCGAUCGGACAGCACCAACUCCGAAGACAACUACGUGCCCAUGAAUCCAGGCUCCUCCAGCCUGCUGGCCAUGGAGCGCGCGGGUGAUAAUUCCCAGAGUGUCUACAUCCCCAUGAGCCCGGGGCCCCAUCACUUGGACCCGCUUGGCUACCCUUCUGCAGCCCUUACUAUGCACCGAGGCCCCAGCCGAGGGAGUGAGAUCCAGCCCCCCCCUGUCAACCGCAACCUCAAGCCUGACCGGAAAGCAAAGCCAACACCACUCGACCUGAGAAACAACACCGUCAUCGAUGAGCUCCCCUUCAAGUCACCUGUCACCAAGUCUUGGUCUCGGGCCAUCCACACCUUCAGCUCCAGCGCCUCCCAGUACUGCCGUCCCAUCUCCACACAGAGCAUCACCAGCACGGACUCGGGAGACAGCGAAGAGAACUACGUCCCUAUGCAAAACCCAGUGUCUGCGUCCCCCAUUCCCAGUGGCACGAACAGCCCAGCCCCCAAGAAGAGCACUGGCAGCGUCGACUACCUGGCCCUGGACUUCCAGCCAAGCUCCCCAAGCCCCCACCGCAAGCCAUCCACGUCGUCCGUCACCUCUGACGAGAAGGUGGACUACGUGCAGGUGGACAAGGAGAAGACCCAGGCCCUGCAAAGCACCAUGCAGGAGUGGACAGACGUGCGGCAGUCCUCGGAGCCUUCCAAGGGCGCCAAGCUGUGACACGGGGCCCCCAAGCCGAGAGAGGGGCUGGAGGCGCCACAGCGGCUUCCUCCGUCUCCCCUUUCUCCUCUCCCGCUGCCCCCUCCCGCCCGCCUCUCUCCACUCUGCCACUCUGGCCUUCAAAGCACUUGACAUCAGGGACCCUGAACCCUUCCCCCGGGAGGUGAGGGCCUGGUCGAGGCUCUUCAUCUGCCCGCUCGGGCCGCACCUUUGAUUUUUAUCAAUAAUGGCCAUGCCUCCUCCUACCUUAGUUAGAGCUAUUGCCAAAAAGCAUCCUUCAGCCUCUUCCUGCCCUUUAGACCUGAGUACCUACCAGGCGUGUGGGCGGAAGGGCUGGGGCUCGGAGCUGGAUCCCACACCUCACGUGCCGCCCCGCCCUCAGCCCCCUCCCCCCAGCCCCUGGGCUGCGUCCGUCCUGGAAGGAGCCGGGUCUCACUGACCAGGGAGUCAGAGACCAGCACCAAAGCAAACACGGACUUCAUCCCUGUCCGUCUCGGCAGAGGAGGCAAGGCCACCAAAAGGUGCAGGAGUCGAGAAGGAAGGUUAGAGGUGGUCUUGAGGGACAAAGGAAUUAGGUCCCCACAUCCAGAGGGGCAGUUGGUACCUGGAGUGGCCCCCCACGUUCAGCCAAGUGGCAGUGCAGCUGUUGCAGGGUGGGCGAGGCAGAAGGAUAGGGACAAAAGAGAGGGAGAACGAGGAUGGUGGCCACCAAGAGCCAGGAACCGGGCUCAGAGCCCAGGAGGCGGGAGACAGGACGCCGCGGGCCGGCUGCUGGCCUGUGCAGCCACAGGCCACUGCUGCUCUAGGACAGAGAUUGCCCAGGACGUCCCCAAGUCCCCACCACCGAGGGCGCCAGGCCAGAAGGCUGGGUCUGUGCCGGGCAGAGCAGCGUGCGGUGUGGCAGUGCCUGCACGUGAGGGAAGCUGGUGGAGCUGUGGGAAAGCACCGCACAAUGUGGGAUGUGGGAGCAGGGGGGGCACUGGAGGGGCUGCCAGGACUGAGGGCCACCUUGGCACAGGAAUGGGCGGAGCGGAGGCACAGGAAGGGCCCUGCACGGGCCACUGCAGGGGGCGGUGCAGCAGGGGCAGGCGCAGGUACUAAUGGGAUAAGAGGCGGGCAGGCCACGGGGGGACAGCGUAGCAAGGGGGGAGACACACCCAAAGGGCCUGGUGUGCCGGAGGCAGUCCCACGGGGAUGCAGGGUGGAGCAGAAAGUGACGGGCAAUGUCGUGUCAGGAGAGCAUGUGCGUGGUGGCAUGACACGAGGGCAGGUCCCCGGAUUGAGGACGACAGGUAAAGCAGUGCAAGGGAGAGAGCGGGGCAGAACGGAGCCUGGGGGGUGACAGGUGGGAAUCGCUGACAGCUUGUGCCGUGUGGCGAGGGUUUGUGGCAGGUCCCAGGGCAGGUACACGUGGCCUAGUGCCAGGCUCAGAGUGUUUUCUCAGCUCAGAUCACCUUCUGUUGCUCCCUCACGUCAGGUGCCAUGCUGGACUGAAACGGGGCUACAGGAACAGGAGAGGCCAGGCCACUCCUCCCUCCCUGCCCCGGACAGUGGGUAGGGCUGCACCCCAGGCUUGCUCCUGAGCCCGGAGAGAGGGGAUCCAAAUUUUUUAUGUGGAAAGCACUUGGCCAAAUUUUCUAGAGUUUCAGAGGCAACUGGGCAGACCAGACGUGUCAUCCUACCUUGAGAUGAGUAGCCCUCUUUCCUAAAAAAAAAAAAAA